UUGGAGCAUCAAUCCACAGAAUCUCAGCCAGUUGACAUAACAUCAGGAGUUUUCAACUCAAGAAUGAUCUUUGUUUGCAAGAAUGACUUCUUCCUUGCAGAAUACCUCGAAAGGACAUCAGCUUCUGUCAUUAUUUGUCGUCAGAGAGAAGAUAUGUUGACAGAAGCCGCGAGAACAGAAGUCAACAUGCUUCCGUUCUUAGAUGGAAACAAAGAGAUGACACAGACUGUUCCUCUAUGGAAUACUCAGAACAAACAAGUAGGAAAGUUUAUGAAUAUAUAA